AAUAAAGUCUUGAAUGUGGAUGGUGUCAAAGUAAAACUGCAGAUUUGGGACACUGCUGGCCAGGAGAGAUUCCGCAGUGUCACCCACGCUUACUACCGGGAUGCCCACGCUUUGCUGCUCCUCUACGAUGUCACAAACCGGGCAUCCUUUGACAACAUCCAGGCUUGGCUGACAGAAAUCCAUGAAUACGCAAAGCAAGACGUGGUCCUUAUGCUGCUGGGAAACAAGGUGGAUUCAACCCAGGACCGAGUGGUGAAAAGAGAAGACGGGGAGAAAUUAGCAAAGGAAUACGGGGUGCCCUUUAUGGAGACCAGCGCCAAGAGCGGAUUGAAUGUGGACUUAGCAUUCAUGGCCAUCGCCAAGGAGCUGAAACAUCGGUCCAUGAAGCUGCCCCACGAGCCGCGGUUCAGACUCCACGACUAUGUCCGGAAGGAGGUGAAAGGCGCCGGCUGCUGCCGCUCAUAG